AUGGAAACUUCAUCACGUGAUCUAAAGUCAGAUUUGGGAUUAUGGCUUUCUUCUGUGUGUCACGAGGACACGCCAUCACCGGUUAGAACGGCGAUACCCGCACGCCAAACAUUUACGGAUAUGCACAUUGCUAAUCUCGGUCUAUUUACUGUAUAUGAUGAUGAACUUUUAAGCUAUUGCCACAAAAUUAUGCACGCCUACCUUAUGUCACUCUUCUUAGAUGCACGCAUAGCG